AUGGCGGUUGUACUUGCAAAAACUCUAACGCUCAAACGAGCCUUGGAAGCAUUUGGACACCAGGCUGUUGAGGGAUUUUUGGCGUGUCUUGUACUCAGAGAAACCUUCAAUCCACAUUGUGCUGCACCAGACAUUGAUCCAGUGAUCAGGAUGACAGAACCUGCAUCUAUCGAGGAGGAAAAUUCGUCGCCGCCUCUUCCUGAAAUAACACUUGGAAUUGACAUUGGCAGAUCACCAUGCUGUGUUUCUGUGUGGAAUGGUUCCAGAGUGGAGAUUUGGAAAGAAAGUAUAAAUGAGAUGAUUAAGAGAUAUUUCGAAACUUUCGAUCAUGUCUUUACUGAUGGAGCUAGUAGUAGUAACGUCUCACUCUCCCAAGCGCAUGAGGAUGCAGUUUCCAACCUGAAAGACUUGAUUAGCGCACUUUUCAACGAAAGUGCCAAUUUCCCAUUUCUGAUGCACACUUUGGACAUUAAGAUUCGUCCUUUUGUAGCUGCAUUUGUGAACAAAGUGUGCAAAUCAACCACUGCAGUAGAACUCCUUGGAAACUUUCUGGUGAAUUUAAAAGAAAUGGCUGAAACUGAACUGAAACAACCUAUAAGAAAUGUAGUGUUUAUUAUUCCAGUUUCGUUCAGUCGAUUGCAGCAAACCCGGAUACGUAUCGCUUGUGAGAUGGCCGGUCUAAAAGUUAUUAGACUGAUGCCUGAACCAACAGCAGUGGCUUUGCUUUAUGCACAUCAACAACUGCAUGCUUCUGCUUCUUCUCACGAGGAUAUGGACAAUGAAAGCAAGAAAAUUGCUCUGAUUUUCAAUAUGGACGCGGGUUAUUGUGAUGUUGCUAUUAUUGCAACAGAAAAAGGAAAACGCCAAAUAAAAGCGUUGGCAGGAAGUGCUAUUGGUGGAGAAGAUUUGCUUGGAAAUAUGAUGUGUCAUCUCUUUCCCGAUUACGAAAAUAUAUUCAAGAGAAAUGUUCACAGGGACACAGAAAUUACAAGGAUGGCUUCUCUUCGAAGUAUAGUCCACAACGCGAUUACUAAGCUUUCGUCCGAGGCAAGUGUUAAGGUUUAUUUAACGUCACUCAAUCGUAGGGAUGUAACACGGGAGGAGUUUGAGGAAGUAAACAAAGAGGUGUUUGAAAAUUGUGAAAAGCUAAUCAUCCAAUGCAUACAAGAUGCAAAGAUAGAAGUUGAGAAUAUAAACGAUGUGAUAAUUGUAGGUGGAUGUUGUAAUAUACCAAGGGUAGAGAGUCUUGUUACUAAAAUAUGCAAAGGAAAGAAACCUUAUAAGUUAGGUGUGAACCCUUUGGAUGAUGUACUUCGUGGUGCAACAGUGGCAGGAGCUGUUAAUGACCCCUCUGGUGACUUGGACUUGCUUACUUCUCAAGUCACACUUCUUGCCAUCGGAAUUCGAGCUGAUGGAAACAAAUUUGUACCAAUUAUUCCAAGGAACACACCAGUGCCAACCAUGAAUUCGGAUAUACUUUUGACAACUAUUCAUGAUAAUCAAACUGCGGCAUUGAUCGUUGUUUACGAAGGUGAGGGACAGAAGGUUGAAGAAAACCAACUUUUAGGAUAUUUCAAACUAACUGAAAUACCUAAAGCACCAAAAGGUUUUCCUAAAAUCAUUGUUUCCAUGGACAUAGACGAUAAGAGCGCGUUGAGAGUUACUGCUUUUCUUGAGAUGCCUCCUAUUUCAGUAGAGGUGCGAAAUUAUGAUGCUGGAAGGAUUGGUUAUUGUGAUGAGUCACUAAUUAGAAAACAUGGUGAUAGAAUGGAUUUGGUUACUCUGGAUUUGGAAGAAUAA